GAGAGAAAAGAGAGAGACUUGGUCCUCGGCACAGUCACCUGCAUCGCAUUUGCCGCUGACGUCGUUGUUCCCCUGUGCCUUUUUCUCGAGAGCAAUCUUCUACUGUACCCUGGACUCGCUAGCGGAUUCCUAGCCUCUCAGGUCGUCUGCUCAGCAACCAAUUUGGAGGACAAUGGUGUUUGUUGACUUGGGGCUGUGUGCUCAGUAAAAACUGAGGAAAUUAUUAACACUUGAAAUAAGACAAUACCUACCUGAACACUAACAUUAUAUACAUAUAUACGUACCUGUAUGUAUUAUGUCGACUUGAAAGCACAAUAACUGUAAUUGUGUGACGGUUCUCGCUCCUUUUUUAUACACUCCAUAAUGUAAGGUACAUACACCUGGCGUCAUUCUCUGAGACAAGAAAGGUCAAUGUUGAUAUUUUUAGAGUGUCUAUUUUUUAUACACACAUGUUUUUUUUUAAUACCGAACUUCCCACAAUGUCAACAUUUUUCUUCUGUCCAGUGAGCAUCGUAAUGAGUCUGAAUCAAAGGUAGUUUUUUGUAAAUAAUGUUGAUUGUUUUAGAUUUUUGAGCCAAAUGACUGUAAAGUUCUUGUAUCUCAUUUUAUGAUAAAACAAGUGUAGGGUGCAAGUGGAUUAAAUCAAAUGACCUUGAUACAUACAAAAUUUUUCCUCUUCAAAAUUUUAGAUUUAUCUUAAAUUAAAAAUAUAAAAUAAAAAAGUUAUAUUAAGCAAAAUGGCAGAGGUGGAUCCAGAAACUCUGCUUGAAUGGCUGAGUAUGGGCCAGGGUGAUGAAAGAGACAUGCAGCAAAUAGCUCUGGAGCAAUUAUGCAUGUUGUUGCUCAUGUCUGAUAAUGUGGAUCGUUGCUUUGAGAGUUGUCCUCCAAGAACAUUUUUACCGGCUUUGUGUCGUAUAUUUCUGGAUGAGUUGGCUCCUGACAGUGUUUUGGAAGUAACAGCAAGAGCUAUAACAUACUACCUUGAUGUCUCGGCGGAAUGCACACGCAGAGUUGUCGCUAUGGAAGGUGCCAUCAAGGCCAUUUGUAGUCGCCUCUCCUGUGCCGGACUUGGUUCAAGAACUAGUAAAGAUUUGGCUGAACAGUGUAUAAAGGUCCUAGAAUUGGUUUGCGCUCGAGAAGCAGGAGCCGUUUUUGAAGCAGGUGGUCUUUCUUGCGCUCUGUCAUUCAUUAGAGAACAUGGAGCACAAGUACAUCGUGACACAUUGCAUUCCGCUAUGGCUGUUGUUUCACGCCUUUGUGGUAAAGUUGAACCUCAGGAUAAAUCUUUACCCGAUUGCGUUGAAGCUCUUUCAACUUUGCUACGUCAUGGAGAUGCCCACGUUGCUGAUGGCGCUUUACGUUGUUUUGCCUCUCUGGCCGACAGAUUUUCCAGACGAGGUACUGAUCCAGCACCGUUGGCCUCCAACGGUCUUGUUAUCGAACUUUUGGACAGAUUGUCAAAUGCAGCAGGGCCGAUUUCAUCGAUCAACAUGACGCCUGGCAAUGCCAAAUCUCCAGCGACACCGAGUGUAGCAACCACGCCAAUCACAACAUCGGAAGCUAAAUCCUGUGCUUCUGUCUCCACAAUAAUCAGUCUACUGUCAACUUUGUGUCGAGGUUCCGCAUCGAUAACUCACGAUUUGUUACGCUCAAAUUUGCCGGACGCGAUUGAAAAGGCCUUGAAAGGUGACGAACGCUGUGCUCUUGACACAAUGCGGUUGGUGGACUUGCUGUUGGUACUGUUGUUCGAGGGUAGAUCGGCUCUAGGACGAUCGAGCGUCAACAAUGGCUCAUCAGGGCCUCUUUUACCUCGACUGAGGCGGCUCGAUAGCGCCGGAGAAAAAAGCCACAGGCAACUUAUCGACUGCAUACGAUCCAAAGACACCGACGCUUUGAUAGAGGCCAUUGAGUCGGGAGGAAUUGAAGUUAAUUUUAUGGAUGACGUUGGCCAAACUUUGCUUAACUGGGCCUCAGCCUUCGGUACGCAAGAGAUGGUAGAAUUUCUCUGUGAUAAGGGCGCGGACGUAAACAAGGGUCAGCGUUCCUCGAGUCUCCACUAUGCCGCGUGUUUCGGGAGACCUGCGAUUGCCAAAGUUUUAUUGAAACACGGUGCCAAUCCAGAUUUACGUGAUGAAGAUGGCAAAACGCCCCUGGACAAAGCUAGGGAAAGAGUAGACGAGGGCCAUCGCGAAGUUGCCGCUAUAUUACAGUCACCAGCGGAGUGGAUGUUGCCCCCGCCUGGCCAAGACGAUCGUAAAUUAGAGAGCAACGACGUUAAAGAGUUAUCCGAACCCAAAGGUGAUCCGGAAAUGGCUCCAGUGUAUCUCAAAAGACUCUUGCCUGUAUUUUGCUCAACUUUUCAAUCAACGAUGUUACCAAGUGUGAGGAAAGCCAGUUUAAGUCUGAUUCGUAAAAUAGUUCACUACAUUCAACCGGAAUUACUUGUUGAAACCUGUGGAGCUGACAAAACAAACGGUUGUGGAGCUAUGCUUGUUGAGGUCAUUGCUAAUGUUCUAGACAAUGAGGAGUUUGAUAUAAAAGCGAGUCCCCUGUCUUCGAUGAUGUCGUCGACAUCUCCACCGCCACCUCCGUCUCUCGAAACGUUUAUUGGUCCCAAAUUGCCAUUUUCAUCGCGCAAUCUUUCCCAGUACUACAUUCUCGCCAAGACGGAGGACGAAGAUGGGCAUCUAGUCGUGCUGCAAAUGAUACAAGAUCUGAUGAUCAAGGGCAAAGACGAGUUCUUGGAGCAUUUUGCGCGUCUAGGAGUUUUCUCAAAAGUCAGCACCCUGGCCGGCCCCCAGGAACUACUAAUCGAGAUCGAGCCAGAGGCGAGCGGUGGAACGUCAGUAGUUGUGACUAGUGACGACCAGAAAGAGGAUGCAAAGGAACUGUUGAUCGGAAAGGCAUACCACUGGAGGGACUGGUGCGUGUGCCGGGGCCGAGAUUGCCUUUACGUUUGGUCGGAUGCCGCUGCUCUAGAGCUUUCGAAUGGCAGCAACGGGUGGUUCAGAUUCAUCUUGGAUGGCAAGCUAGCCACCAUGUAUUCCAGUGGUAGUCCAGAGGGCGGAACUGACACGACAGGUAAGGGAGGAAGAAAUGGCGAGUCUCUUACCAGUGAAGAAAAUCGUGGGGAAUUUUUGGAAAAACUGCAGCGGGCUCGGAGUCAAGUCAAACCUAAUUCCCAAAGUCAACCUAUCCUUUCUAAGCCAGGCUCGACAAGACUCGUCAUCGGAAAUUGGUCACUUUCCUGUAAAAAAGAGGGCGAACUUUGUAUUCACAACAGCGAUGGUCAACAGCAGGCUACCAUUUUACGAGAAGAUUUGCCGGGUUUUAUUUUCGAAUCCAACCGAGGUACCAAACAUUCUUUCACAGCAGAGACGAGUUUAGGGCCAGAAUUUUCCGCGGGCUGGGCCGGCAAACGUGGCAAACGAUUGCGCUCGAAAAUGGAAGCUAUCAAGCAAAAGGUCAGAAAUCAAGCUCAAGACAUAUACGAGUGUUACUUCAAAGCAGCUCAGGCACAACCUCGGGGAGUCGUGGCAAAACUCAGUGCGAUAGUUUGUCAAAUCGAAAAAGCUUGUCAAAAGCAGCAUCAACAAUCUGGAAAUCGCGAAUGGCGUUCGAUAUUGCAGGAGGCUCUCGAUGAACUGAAGGUUUUGCUAAAUGAAGAAGGAAAAGUCUCGGCCUACGAAUUACACUCCAGCGGUCUAAUACAAGCUCUUCUCGCGCUACUUGCUGCACCGUCCAACACGAGUGCGCAACAGCUUUCACCUAGAAUGAAUAAAUUAAGAUUACAAAGGAUAUCAGUUUUUAAAAGCUGUUUUCAAUCUAAAGAUGUUGCAAAAGAAGAUAAUUUUGCCAAAGUCCUCGUGCAAAAGCUUAUAUCCGUUUUGGAAUCCAUCGAAAAAUUACCUGUAUACUUGUAUGAUACUCCAGGAACCGGAUACGGACUACAAAUUUUGACGAGGCGCUUGAGGUUUCGAUUGGAAAAAUCCACUAGUGAAAGUUCUUUGAUCGAUAGGACUGGUAGAAAUUUGAAAAUGGAACCCCUUAGUACAGUGCAACAAUUGGAAAACCACUUACUAAAAAUGGUUGCAAAACAGUGGCAUGACCAUGACAGAUCAACGUUUACGUUUGUUAAAAAAUUAAAAGAUGUUAAUAAAUUAACAUUCAAGUAUCAGCAUGACUUUGACGACAGUGGAUUGAUAUACUGGAUCGGAACCAAUGCUAAAACUUCACCUGAAUGGGUAAAUCCUGGUCAAUAUGGUCUCGUAGUGGUUACAUCCAGUGACGGCCGUAAUUUGCCUUAUGGACAUCUCGAGGACAUACUCAGUCGAGAUCCAUCUGCCAUGAAUUGUCACACCAAUGACGAUAAGAGAGCAUGGUUUUCCAUAGAUUUAGGUGUAUGGAUCAUUCCAACUGUUUACACUUUGCGACACGCAAGAGGCUAUGGCAAAAGUGCUUUGAGAAAUUGGAUGUUUCAGGCAUCGCGUGACGGCAUUAAUUGGACGACAUUGCACGCACAUGUAGACGAUUGUUCUCUGAAUGAACCAGGCAGUACGGCAAGUUGGACCCUAGAUCAAUCGGUAACCAGUGACGAGACGCAAGGUUGGCGCCACUUGCGUUUGCAACAAACCGGCAAAAAUGCUUCUGGUCAAACUCACUACUUGUCGGUAUCUGGCUUCGAAGUAUACGGGGAAGUGACCGGCGUUUGUGAAGAUUUGGGUCGUGCAGCCAAAGAGGCCGAAGCUUGUAUGCGCAGACAAAGACGUGUAAUUAAAACACAAGUCUUGAGACAUUUGGUGGCAGGAGCUAGAGUAACUCGUGGUCUUGACUGGAAGUGGAGGGACCAAGACGGUGUGCCACCGGGUGAAGGAACAGUGACGGGUGAGCUUCACAACGGAUGGAUUGACGUUACGUGGGACAACGGAUGUUCGAAUUCGUAUCGAAUGGGUGCAGAGGGAAAAUUCGAUCUGAAAUUAGUUUACACUAGUGGCAGUGGUGGUGUAGAUUCAACAACUGACAGUGCUGUGAAAUCGAAAAAUGGAACUGGAGUGUUGACGGGUCGAAAAUCCAACAGUACGCCAAGUUUACCCGAUUACUGUACAGAUACGGGAAUCCGAUAUUCCGUUGCUUCGACAGAUCAAGCGGCAAGCGCUGACAACCUUGCAGCCAAACAGGCUGCCGAAUCCAUAGCAGAAAGUGUCCUUUCCGUAACUCGUGCUGAAGCGGUAGUUGUGACUGGAGAAAGUGGGGUGAAUUCGUCAGGUGAGCUUUCAGUUGUAUUGCACCCCAGACCUGAUACAGCAGCCGUUACGAGUGAUUUGGCGACGAUUGUUGAAAGUUUGGCCUUCAACACCGAUUGCUCAUCUGCCUCAGGAAACAGCAAUAGUAAUCGUACUGCAAACAGCUCGAAGCCCUUGUUAUCAGCAGUCCGUGGUGGAAAUAAGACUACGAGUGGUAUAUUCAAUCUCGAAGCUGCUGAAGUGUUCGAUCGCAUGCGCGAGGGAGCCGAUAGAUUACGAAAUAACACAAAUAGUUUUCUUAGUGGUGAGUUACUUGGCUUAGUUCCAGUAAGAAUAAGUGUAUCUGGAGAGACAGAUGAAAAUUCUAUGAGAAUCCAACCUGCUCCAAGGAGUCACACGACUGCUGCAGCAAACACAAUAACUAACACCACUGUUGGAGCUAUUGAAGCAUCAAAAGAUUGUUGCCCAAAAAACAAAGAUGCAAGCUCGUCCUCGCAAAAUGCUGGAGCUGGAUGUCCCGUUGUCGUUACUACAAACCCUAUGUCCGUAUCUGUUCCAAAUCUCGCUUGUAGUGACAAUACUAACAACACUUUAGAGCCAGUUGCAGCAUCUGGAUUGUUGGAAACCUUUGCUGCAAUGGCUCGCAGACGAACUCUAGGUCCAGCUGGUAAUCAACACAUAACGUCCAAUAACAUUCCCAAUUCUAAUUCACGAGGAUCGAAUCCAGUUUCUAGUCUAGUGAGAUUAGCUCUGAGCUCAAACUUCCCAGGUGGUUUGCUUGGCACUGCUCAAAGUUACCCGAGUUUAACAAGUAGUAAUCAAAUACCGGGUGCAACAAAUUGCUCAGGACCCGUUGGUAGCGGAGGCUUAGGACAAACUCUUACUAUGUCUUUAACUAGCACAAGUAGUGACAGUGAAUUGGUCAGUUUUGAAGAAUUUUUAGAAGCGUGUGGUGAAGUUGCAGCUACUAGUAUCGGAGGAGCGCGUGCUACUGGAGGACCAACGCUUCUCACCGAAUUGGAAGACGAUGAGGAUGGAGUUUUAGCCGAAGAAGAAGAUGACAAUGAUGAAAAUGAUGAUCAGGAAGUUGAUGACGACGAAGAAAAUGAAGAGGAAGGUGCUGAUGAAGGAGACUACCAGGAUGUUAUGGUUAGUCGCAACUUAUUGGCUGCAUUCAUGGAAGAAGAAUCAGUACCUCCAAGUAGUAAGAGAAGAGCUUGGGAUGAUGAAUUCGUGUUAAAGCGUCAAUUUUCAGCUUUAAUUCCUGCCUUUGAUCCAAGACCUGGAAGAACAAAUGUUAACCAAACAACCGAUUUGGAAAUUCCACCACCAGGAACCGAAACUCGAGUACCAGCUCACACUGGAUCAUCCACAGCCAACGGACCAAAAUUGUCGCUUUCUCUCAAAGGACCUGGUUUACCUGGUAUCCCUGACGUGGAAAUACCCCUUACCGAUCCUCAUGCCAGUAUAUUCCAAUCGGUGCAGCAGUUAAUGCAACUUACUGAAUUGGGUAGCAAGCAAGAAAAGCUGAGAAGGAUAUGGGAACCGAUUUAUACAAUAAUAUAUAAAGAAGCUGGGGAUGACGAGUCUUCUGGACGAACAACACCCAUAGUUAAUUUGUAUCCUCGUAACCUGAAUCAGAAUGCUAAUGGGUGUACUGUUGAAGAUGUGCUUCAGCUUUUACGUCAUGUUUACGUACUUGGAUCAAGCCCUGGUAAUGGUAACCUUAACAUGAUCCGUAUUCCACAUGACCAACAAGAUGACGACACUUCAGACGCCAACUGGGUACACCCUGAUGAUUUCACGUCCAAGAAAAUUACAAACAAAAUUUCACAACAGAUUCAAGAUCCACUAGCUCUGGCCGCUGCAGCUCUUCCCAAUUGGUGUGAGGAACUUGCCAGGAGUUGCCCUUUUUUGUUGCCGUUUGAGACUCGCAGACUGUAUUUCAGUUGUACAGCUUUUGGAGCAUCUCGAUCGAUCGUUUGGCUGCAGACUCAACGCGACGCCGUUUUAGAAAGGCAAAGGGCUCCUGGACUUAGUCCAAGACGUGAUGACGUACACGAAUUUAGAGUUGGUAGACUGAAGCACGAACGAGUUAGUGUGCCAAGAGGAGACAAAUUAUUGGAUUGGGCAGAGCAAGUUCUCAAGAUACACGCGAAUCGAAAAAGUAUUCUUGAAGUGGAAUUUGUUGGAGAAGAAGGCACUGGUUUGGGUCCAACACUUGAAUUUUUCGCUCUUGUUGCGGCUGAACUUCAGCGAAAAGACUUGGGAUUGUGGCUGUGUGACGACGAAGAGCAACACAACGUUGAAAACGAAACGCAAUUAACGGGAGACCACAGCGAACGUCAACGUGCACCCGGAUUCUAUGUCACUCGGACGAGUGGACUUUUCCCGGCGCCGCUUCCGCAAAAUUCAGAGGCGUGCGACCGAGCUGUGCGAUACUUUUGGUUCUUUGGUGUUUUUUUGGCUAAAGUUUUGCAAGACAAUCGACUUGUUGACUUGCCACUUUCGCGGCCUUUCUUAAAAUUAAUGUGUCGGGGUGAUAUUGCAAAUAACGUGAAUGAACGAAUAGGACUGACCACUUCAAACGUCACGGCGCAAGAAAGCAUGUCUUCAAGUAUGGCUAGUAGCUUUAUAUCUGAGGAAAGUGAACAAGAUGAUAAGGAAAAUUUUGACGAAUCAGAGCCAACGCCGUGGUACGAUGGUAUUUUGGAAGUAGACGAUCUCGUAUUGGUAGAUCCAGUGAGAGGAAAGUUCUUAAAGGAAAUUCAAACUUUAAUUUCUAAAAGAGAAAGGGCUAUUUCCGAAGGGCACUCAUCCUGUGCAGAAGAUAGUUUCAUCGGCGAAACACUCUUUAUAUCGCAUCCUUCUGGAACAUCGGUUGCAAUAGAAGAUUUAGCUUUAACAAUGACUUACUCGCCAAGUUCAAAAGUACUCGAAUACGAUUACGUUGAAUUGAAGGAGGGAGGUGUUGAUAUUCCUGUGACCAUAGAAAAUGCCAAGGAAUACUCGGAACUCACAAUUAAUUAUUGCUUUGACCGCGGUAUAGCUCGACAGUUAGAAGCCUUCAGAGCAGGUUUUUCGAAAGUCUUCCCCAUGGAAAAAUUAUACGCCUUCAGUCCUGAGGAAAUAAGAACUAUGCUUUGCGGUGAACAAAAUCCGCAAUGGACCAGAGAAGAUUUGUUAAACUACACGGAACCAAAAUUAGGUUACACCAGAGAAUGUCCUGGAUUCCAGAGAUUCAUAAAUGUUUUGAUGUCGCUGACUGGUACAGAACGAAAAGCUUUCCUACAAUUUGCCACAGGAUGUUCGGCAUUGCCCCCAGGUGGAUUAUGCAAUUUACAUCCUAGACUGACUGUUGUACGAAAAGUUGAUGCCGGGUCUGGUGGUUAUCCGUCUGUUAAUACUUGUGUACAUUAUUUAAAACUACCCGAGUAUCCAACUGAAGAAAUUCUCAAAGAGAAACUUUUGGCUGCUACUCGAGAAAGAGGUUUCCAUCUAAAUUAAAUAUUUUCUGAAAUUCGUAUUAAUAUAUUACUAUUAUUAUAAUUAUUACCUAAUGAGUCAUAAUAAUAAAGAAGUUGUAAAUCAUAAUCUCGUAAAAAAAGUCGAUGUGAAGUGUACAUUUAGAAUAAUUUACGAUGAUUCUUUUUUAUCGUUUGAAUAAAGAAUUUAACGACAUAAGAGAGAGCAUUGCUUAUUGCACUUGUAUUCAAAGAGUUGGUUAUAGCGCUAUAUAUAGUAAGUAAUUUUCUACGUCCGCAGAAAAAUGAUUGAGGAAUUCGUCCGUACUAUUAUUACUGAUACUAUCGAUUUUGUAAAAUACCUUGUCUAAUACAUAAAUAUUUUUUUCGUGUUUGUGGUUGUUACUAACCACAUCAAUUGCUUGAGUUUACAUUUGUUACAUAAUUAACUUCACAGUCACAAGAAAGACAUCUCGUGUAAAUCAUUUGAUAAAAUUUAAAGAUAUAUAUAUACAUAUAUACAUAAAAUUGAAGCCGAGUAGCGCCUAAAGAAUCUAUGAAAUGUUACCACACCGAGUUGAAAAAUUCACGUUCCGCAAUUAUUUUACAAUUCGUUAAGCGUCUUUCAUACGAAAAAUAUUAAAAUAAUCUAUUGAAUGUAAAGCAUUAAAAAUAGAGAACCAAUAAAAAAGAGUGUAUCUAGUAAAAGAUUAUUCUUAUAUUCUUCUCUUCCUGCACAUGCCUAGCUGUUACAAAAAAAUUUACAGGCAUGUAAAAAAUAAUCAUGUUACUUAUUAAGAUAUUAAUAAUUUUAUUUUAUUCAAAAAUUCAAUAAUCAAAACAAUUGGACUUGUA